CAGCGAACGGGCUCAGGCCGGCUUCGAGCUCCGUCCCGCCGAGGGACAGAAGCGCGGUGGGCGGCAGGGAAGCGCAGCGCAGCCCCGGCCCCAACCCCGCAGCUCCCGGCCGUGCCAACUCAGGGCAGGCGCCGCCCCGCCGUUGCGCCGGGCGAGAGCGGUUCAGCCCCGCCCGCUUCUCCUACGGCGGCCGCGCGGGCCCGAGCCCCGGCAGCGAUGGCCGAGUCGGAUGCAAGCGGCGAUUCCUUCUCCCCGCGGAGUUCCGGCUCUGCCCGCGGCCGCCUCUCGCUGCCGUCCGCCUCUCGCAACGGCUCCGUGUCGCAGCGCAGGCGGCGGCGGCUCGCGGCGAGCCUCGGCCGCCCGCCCGCCUCCGAGAAAGGAGACGAGGAGGAUGAAGAGGAGGACGAGGACGACGGAGAGGAGCCGGAGAGCGAGAGGCCGCGGCCGCCGGGGAGCUCCGAAGGCGGCGGCGAUGAGCGCAGCAGGAGGAUGAUCCGCAACCAGUACCGAGAGCUCAUCUGCAGCGUGCAGCAAAAUCGUGAGGAUAUGCUGAGUUCCAAAAGCAACAGGCUGACGGAAGCUUUGGAGGAAGCCAAUCAACUGUUCACUGGAGUUUCCCGUGCACGAGAAGCUGCAUUGGAUGCCCAAUUUCUUGUCUUGGCAUCAAAUCUAGGAAAGGAGAAAGCCAAUGAGUUGCGCUCAGAGAUCACAACGUUUGAUUCACUAACAUUUGCAGAAGAUUUGCUGACAUUCAUGGGUAUAAAUCGCACAGAAACGGAGGGAAACGAUAGCGAUUCUGAGAACACGUCAGGUGGCUACUUACCUAGCAGUGCCUGGUAUAAGCUGGGAGAAGAAGCAGAAAAGUACUUCAGGAGAGCACCUUCUUUUCAUUACAUGUUGGGGUCUUUCAAGUCUGAACCUCCCAUGCCCAGGCAACGGAUUGAGAGGCAGAGAAAGGCUCCAGGAGGGGAAGGAAAGCGGGCAAUGCCUGCUCAGUUAAAAAAAAUGGAGGAGUCUCAUCAGGAAGCUACAGCGAAAGAAGUGGAGAGGAUCUUGAGGUUGUUACAGACUCAUUUCAGAAAUGAUCCUCGUACUCCUAUUUUCUUCUUUGAUCUUGUGGUUGAUCCAAACUCCUUUGCACGCACUGUGGAAAACAUCUUCCAUGUGUCCUUCAUAGUAAGGGAUGGUUUAGCAAGAUUAAAGCUGGAUGAUGAUAAAUUGCCAGUAAUAGAGCCUGUACAGAACGUUGAAGAAAAAAAUGAUGACUACAGUGCUCGAGCACGGAACCAAGUUGUCAUCUCCCUGAGCCAUGAAGAAUGGAGGGAAAUUGUAGAAACAUAUGAAAUAACAGAACCAAUGAUCAGCCCUCCUGAUAGCAUUGAAGAUGAAAUGGAGACAGCUUAAUUGUUCAGGUGCCUUAAAGAAAGAUACUUACAAAUGUAUUCUUCAAUUAAGAUUUUAUCUGUAUAUAUUGUAAUAUUAAAUUUAUUUUUAUUCAAA